AUGUCCUCUCCUUCCCUCCCCAUGCCUUCUCUCCCCCCAAGCCCUCUGGCCAUGGAGUAUCUAAACGACUUUGACCUUCUCAAGUUUGAGGUCAAAUCUGACACACCUCCGCUCCCUCCUCCAUGUGCGUACCCUAAAUCUGGUAUCACCCACGACCCCUCCAGCUCUCCAUACACCAGCCACCCACCGCAGGACUCCAGCUUGAGCUCCAGCCCUUACAACUCACUGCCACCUUCGCCCACAUUCAGCGAUGCCCACCCACCCCCUUCGGGCUCUUCUUCCCUCUCUUCAUCAUCCUCCUCCAUCUCCUUUCCCCUCUCCAUACCCAACAGUCUCACUUCCAGCAUCAGCUCCGGCUCUCAGGGGAACGUGGAAGGCAGCCCAGCCCACGGCGGCCCUCAAGGUCCGACCCCAGCCUCUCUGGAGGACCUGAUCUGGCUGGCGGCACUGCAGCAACAGUUUGGAGGUGAGGUGACGGGGCCUGCCACUUUGCUGGGAGCCUUGGGAGGGGUGCCAGAGAGAGGGGACCGAGAGAGAGGGCAGGUGAAUGGCUUCCUGGGGUGUGAGGAUGCUGUGGAGGCUCUACUGAACUCAGCUGCAGCAGCUGUUAGCUCACAGUUCCCAGGUCUUUCUCAGAGUUCAAGCAGCAACCUGGGAGACUCAAGCAGCGACAGCGGAGGUGACAUCUCCUGCGCCAAAGCAGCAGACAUGUGCCAUCGCCCACUCGUCUUCCUCUCAUCAGGCCCUCCCUCCCUCUCCAACACUAACCCUGCUUCUGCUCCAUACCCCCAACCCCUCAGCCCCCAGGGCCGCCUUCAUCACCACCAGCAUCACCAUCAUCAGCAUCACCCGCACCACCCCAUGCAUGGCAACCAUCACCAUCAUCACCACCCACAAACCAAUCAGUGCGGGGUGAACGAGCGUUUCUCUGAUGAGCAGCUGGUGAGCUUGUCAGUGCGCGAGCUGAACCGACACCUGCGUGGAGUGAGCAAGGACGAGGUGGUGCGCUUGAAACAGAAACGCCGCACGCUAAAGAACCGAGGCUAUGCCCAGUCCUGCCGCUACAAGCGCUUACAGCACAGGCACGCUCUGGAGUCUGAGAAACAUUUGCUUACCCAGCAGUUGGAACAGCUACAGUGUGAGCUGACUCGAGUGCUGAGGGAGAGAGACGCCUACAAGGCUCGCUAUGAGAAGUUGCUCAGCACAAACCACGGUACCAGUGGCGACGCCCAGCCGACCCACACCAGCAACCCACCUUCCCCGCCCCCUGACUACUUCCUCUGAGUUUAAUCCACAGGGGUGCACAAAGAAA